AUGAAGGAAAGCUUGAAGCGGCAUGAAAUCGAAAUCACAAAAUUGACAAAAGAUGAAAUGAGCUUUGUGUUGUGUAAUAGCAACACUGGAAUGGCAAACGCACUAAGAAGAAUUAUGUUAUCUGAAAUUCCAACUCUUGCAAUAGAUGUAGUGAAUGUGUAUGAAAACACAAGUCCCUUUCAUGAUGAAUUUUUAGCACAUAGAUUAGGGUUAAUACCAAUUGAUAGCAGAAAUGUGAAAAAUUAUGAAUUUCGGGAAAAGUGCAAAUGUAAAGAAACUUGUUCAAAAUGCACAAUUCAAUAUGUAAUACAAGUAAAAUGUAACAAUGCACACAAAAUUGACAUUUCUCAUUAUGACAUUGAAUCAGUAGACCAUGAACCCAACAUUCCUAUGCCAACACCAUAUCAAAAUAGAAAAAAUAAAAUGGAAGAAAAUAGUGCAAUUCCAAUUGUUACUUUAUCAAAAAAUCAAACAUUACAUGUUAAACUAAUAGCUACCAAAGGAAUUGGGAAAAUGCAUGCUAAAUGGAUCCCAGCAAAUGUGUCUUACAGAAUUGAUCACAAAGUACAAAUAAAACAUAAUUUAAUUAAUACUCUCUCGCGUGAGAAUAAAUUGUUAAUAGCAAAUACUUUAAAUAAAAACUGUUACAUACUUAAAAACACCGAUGCAGAUGACAGUGAUGUCUAUUUGAAGUUAAAUGAAAAUAUGUCCGUUGUUAUGGCAGAAAGUUGUAUUGAGUUACUGAACGAAUUGGGACAUAAAGAUAUUGUUAAAAUAAUUUAUGAUGAAACGAAAUUUCAUUUUAAAGUUGAAUCCGUUGGUUCCAUGCCACCAGAGCAGGUUGUUGAAAUGGCCAUAGAAAUACUAGAAAACAAAUUGAAAACCCUUGAACCACAAAUUAAAUCUUCCUUUUAUUCCAUUGACGAGGUUGCUAAGCAGCUAAAGGAACAGGGAGUUUCGUUAUACGGAAUUCAGCUCGACCUUGAGUGA